AGAUCCUAAUAUAACAUUAUCCUUUUAAACUACAAUCAAACUUUAUAAAACCAAUAAAAUUAUCCACAAAAACGACAGAUUUAAAAUUUGACCCAGAUCAUUGACUUUUCUAUCGGACAAAAACUUGUCUCAUCAUUUUGCUAUUAGCUAGCUAGAUGCGUUGCCGUUAAUCUUUGAGAUCGCUAGAAAGUAACUAAUCAAGCCAAGAGCCAAAAAUUAUUCAUCUAAUGCGCCGCGAAGAAAAACGACGCAAGUUCCAUGAAGCUUUGCUUAACACCCUCUAUCCACCAGCGCCACAACCCCAAGAGAAAGACGAGGAAAAACUUUCAAAUGCUUCGAAGAAAGAUUUUGAUGUGAAUCUGAUUCCAGAUGACUAUGGGUUGCAAGAAAGUAAAUCCUCAACGAGUGACGAUGAUGGUGAAAGCGAAUGUGGGCAACAGAAGCUAACUAGGGCUCAGAGGAAGAGGCUUCGAAGGAAGAAGCUUAAGGAAGAUGUUCCGCGCCGAAAACAAAUUAUUGGACCUUUAUUGCCUCCGUUAAGCGGAGAAGGUGGUAGUGUAUGCGGCGGUGGGGAUGCAGCCGAAGAAUGCACUCCAGGUGAUCGACAAAAUGAUUAUGAUACACAAGGUUCUUCAAGCAAGCAGAGAAAGCUAAAGCAGAGGAGGAUGGCAAAGAGAUUGGCAAGGGAAAGUUUGAAGCUUUCUGGUGUUGAAAAUUGUGUUCAAAAUCAAAACUUGGAGGCCUCCAAUAUAGAGAUAUGUGAAAAGGAUAAUCAACCUUGUAUUGAUAAUUAGUAGUUUACGUGUUACCAGAAAAAUGUAAAGUCGUUAGCUUAUUAUAUCAAGUUAGUUUUGACAUUCAAGUUUGAACAAGCUCUAGAUCAGGUGAACAGCUCCAAUCUUUUUUUUUUUCGCCGGAUUUUGAUUAGACCUGUGUGCAGUCGUCGUCGUUUUUUUAUUUUUAUUUUGUAAACGACACGUCGGCUAAAGUACAUUGUUAUUUCCCUUUUCAUCCAACUAAAACCCCAAAAUUAUCAGAA